GGUGGAUGGGCAAUGAAUAAUCUCGGACUAUACAGAACCACAUUCUCCAACCUCGCGAAAUUCACUUCCGCACAAGCUUCAUUCUUCGAAUCCUUGAUGACAUUCAUGAAAGCUAACAACUUUGACGGUGUGGACAUCGACAUAUCCUGGUGCGGAAGAUCGUGGAGGCAUACUGAAGGACUUUGACAAUUAUGUAACCUUCUUUGAAAAACCUGCGCAACCACCUCAACGGCAGUAGUCAAUACUAUGGAAUUACACUCACACUAGCAAGUCGACUGCCCCCGGAGCUAAUGAGAUAACAUGGCUAAUCCUCCCUUUACCAGUAUCUUACUGGUAACUGAAAGGUUUCGACAUCAUUGAGCUGGAGCCAAAGGUAGACUGGUCAACAUUAUAACUUAUAAAUUCCAUGGCGUCUGGGACAGCAUAGUCAAGUCAAUCGCCCCAUACGCUUACGCGCAC